UCUCUUCGUGGAUUUUCGAUUGAAUUGAUCACACGGAGAGAGAGAGAGAGGAGAGAGACGAAAUGGGUGCUCAGAAGAAAGGCGAAAUGGGUGCUCAGAAGAAAGGCGAUGUGGGUGCUCUGAAGAAAGGCGAUGUGGGUGCUCAGAAGAAAGGCGGCGCUAGGGUUUCAGAUGAAUCGGAGGAACAGAGUCGUCAACGGUUGCAAGCAAUUCUUCUCGCCGAUAGCUUCACCACGAAAUUCCGUCCCGUAACCCUAGAACGCCCAAAGGUACUGUUGCCGCUAGUGAAUGUCCCGAUGAUUGAUUAUACCUUGGCAUGGCUCGAAUCUGCUGGGAUAGAAGAAGUUUUCGUCUUCUGCUGUGCUCACUCGACGCAGGUUAUCGAUUACCUAAAGAACUCCGAAUGGUACUCGCACCCAAGCUUGUUGGUGAGAACGAUAGAGUCGCACAAAUCAAUUAGUGCUGGAGAUGCUCUGCGUUUCAUCUAUGAACAAGAAGCAGAGACGUCUCAGAUUCAAGGUGACUUUGUUCUUGUUAGUGGAGAUACCGUGAGCAAUAUGCCACUCGCCGAUUUGAUUCAAGAACACAGAGAGAGGAAGAAGAAAGAUGAGAAAGCCAUCAUGACGAUGGUUAUCAAGCAGUCGAAACCUUCUCCUCUCACGCAUCAGUCAAGGCUAGGAACCGAUCAACUCUUCAUUGCUGUAGAUCCGUUAACAAAGCAGCUCCUUUACUACGAGGAGGACAAGAUCGAUCAUGCAAGAGGAACGAUUUGCUUAGAUAAGUCAUUGCUAGAUAGUAAUCCAUCUGUUUUACUAUACAAUGAUAUGCAGGAUUGCUACAUUGACAUAUGUUCUCCUGAGGUGCUUAGUCUCUUUGAAGAUAACUUUGAUUAUCAGCAUCUGCGCCGUCAUUUCGUCAAGGGUGUGCUUGUUGAUGAUAUUAUGGGUUACAAGAUCUUCACUCACGAGAUUCACUCGAGCUAUGCUGCUAGGAUCGACAAUUUCCGAAGCUAUGACACAGUUAGCAAGGAUAUAAUCCAGAGGUGGACGUAUCCGUAUGUACCAGAUAUCAACUUCAGUGGGAAUCGCCCUCUAAAGCUUGGGAGACAAGGGAUGUACAGGGCUUCUGAUGCAAUUCUAUCUCGAUCUGCUGAUGUUGGAUCUUCCACUGUCAUUGGAUAUGGCACAGAAAUUGGGAGUGGGGAUAAAAUCUUGAACUCGGUUAUUGGGAAUGGAUGUUCUAUUGGAUCAAAUGUGGUGAUAGAAGGCUCAUACAUAUGGAACAAUGUCACUAUUGAAGAUGGGUGUGAGAUAAGGAACGCUAUUGUCUGUGAUGAUGUGAAAAUCAGAGCAGGGGCUGUUUUGCAGCCUGGUGUUGUUCUGUCUUUCAAGGUUGAUGUUGGGCGCGACUUUAUUGUACCUGCGUAUUCAAAGGUUUCCUUACUUCAACAGCCAACUAAAGAAGACAGCGAUGAAGAACUGGAAUAUGCGGACAGUAGCAGCGGGACUGCAGAUCAUUUGUCAGGUCUAAAUCUGCAAAUGGAGUCGAAAGCAUCUGAGCUUGGUCCCGAUGGAGCGGGUUACAUAUGGGAAGUGUGUGAAGGGGCUCGUGAUGAGGAGUGGAAGCACUCUGUUGCACCAAUCCCCGAGGAUAAACUUGCUGAGAUAACUCAGGCCAUGGACGAUGAUGACAUAGAGGAUGAAAGUGUUGUCCCGACUUCUGGAGAGUUGAAAUCUGAUGCUGAUAGUAUUAACACUGAUUUGAAUGAUCCCGUUGAUGACUAUGGCUACUUUGAGAGAGAGGUUGAAGGUACCUUCUUAAGGGCUGUUGAGGAGGGUUUUGCAGUGGACCUUGCGAUUUUGGAGAUUAACUCACUCCGGUUGUCGUACAACAUGGAAUCUGCAGAUUGUGCUGGAGCAACAUUCUACUCUAUGAUGAAACUGGCAGUUGAUACUCCACAUAACUCUGCUGGUGAGUUGUUGAGGAACGCGGCGAGUAUCAUGACAAAAUAUAAGGGACUUCUUGGGUUCUAUGUAAAGCAAAUCGAUGAACAGAUAGAAGUGAUUAUGAAACUUGAAGAGAUGUGUCAGGAAACUGCGAGGGAGCUGGGGCCUUUGUUUUCUCAGAUUCUGCGUGUUCUGUAUAACAUAGAUGUGUUAGAAGAAGAUGCGAUCUUGAGAUGGGCGGAAGAGAAAGCAGGCGCGGAUGAAGCUGACAAAGUUUAUCUGCAGCAAUGUGAGCCCUUCAUACAGUGGCUGAAGGAAGCUGAGGAGGAAGAUGAAACUGAAGAUGAAGAAGAAGAAGAAGAUGGCUGAACUGGUAACCAACCUGAGUUUGGUGGCUUUCAAAUGGAAUUUCAUUUUUUGCAGUUGAUGGCCUCGUAUUUUGACUGAUCAUUUACAUUAAAGAGAGGCUCUCUGUUUUUUCAUCAACAAUCUUGUUUUCCAUGUUUCUUCUGUUUAAUGAGAUAUUUUCUCAUUCAUCGAGUUUGCAGAUGUUUGCGCUUGACAUAUAUGUAUUUUGACUCUUAAAUCUCAUGUUUAGCUAUCCUA